UUUCUAACUGACUACACCUCAUGUUGUGUGUUACAUUCCACUUAUAUCAAGUUAAGUAAUUAAAAUAAGUUUCACCUUGAUGAAUCUUCGUUCUUUUUCUAUUGAUUAAUGUUCUAUGAAAGGUAAAAAAACAACAACAAGUGUCCAGUUACAAUCAAAAAGAGAUAAAAACCAACAAAUCAAGUGUCCAGUUACAAUCAAAAAGAGAUAAAAACCAACAAAUUCACUCCCAACAAUUCUCUUCUUUAUCAUUCUGUCUCUAUUUUUGCUUGAUUAUUACUGAAAUAAAGGAACUAAAUACGUUUUCCACCACUGGUAGAGAAAAAAAUUGGAUUGAUAGUCUAAAAGUAAAAUUUGUUCCUAAAGUGUAGUAGCAUAGCAUGGCGCGGUUAAGCUAUGUUUGAGUCAAGAAAUGUCGUAAAUGCGGUGGUAAGAACAAAACUUUCCACUCAUAUCACAAGGUGGUCUUAUAGAACAGAGGACUGUUUGCAUCUUGCAGUGGAAGCCCCCAUGAAGUCGUAUUUCAGGAAUCUCUCAAGUAUUCUCUUUGAUCAAUGGCGUGCAAUGAAUCUCAAUGAAAAGGGCAAUGGCGAAUGAGGAAACUCCAACACUCGAUGGUCUAAUGGUCCAACCGAUUGUCUAACUUCAUCACUCACUCACUUCAUCUUCUGUUUCUGUGGAAGUGUACAUUCUACCAUGCAUCAGCCUGAGCAGGAAGAUGAGGACGUCCCGCCCUCCAACAUCUCUCCGUCUGAGGCACAUGACAGCCAGGCUGAACCUGAGAGGCCUGAACAGGAGAGAGCAGGUUCUCCUGUACCAAGCAAUGUGUCCAUGAAGAGUCAAAGAUCCAUGGAUUUCCCUAUUUCUUUCAAACAGCAAGACUCAAUUCCUGAGCCUGAACAGGAAAGAGCAGGUUCUCCUGUACCAAGCUGUGUGUCCAUGAAGAGUCAAAGGUCCAUGGAUUUCCCUAUUUCUUUUAAACAGCGAGACUUAAUUUCUAAGCCUGAACAAGAAAGAGCAGGAUCUCCUGUACCAAGCAAUGUGUCCAUGAAGAGUCAAAGAUCCAUGGAUUUCCCUAUUUCUUUCAGACAGCAAGACUUAAUUUCUAAGCCUGAACAGGAAAGAGAAGGUUCUCCUGUACCAAACUUUGUGUCCAUGAAGAGUGAAAGGUCCAUGGAAUACCCUCCUGCUUCUAAACAGGGAGACUUUAUUUCUGAAGUUCACCAGGAGACGACAGAGGAGUUCAGUGACUGUCUAUCAGAACUGGGCUUCAUAUUUAUGUGUCUUGAGGAGAACAUUGUUACUUUUGUGAAGAACGAGCUCAAGAAAUUUAAGAAACUUCUGAGUCAAAAUUACUCAGAAUGCUUAGACGGCCAAUGUGAGAAUGAGGAGGCUGGUCAUGGUGAGGAGGAAGAGCAGAAGAGGAGCAGCAGAGAGGCCUUUCUGAAGAUCACACUACAGUUCUUGAGGAGAAUGAAGCAGGAGAACUUAGCUGACUCUCUGCAGAACAGAACUCUUGCUCCAGUGUGUCAUCGUAAACUUAAAUUUAACCUAAAAAAGAAGUUCCAGUGUGUGUUUGAGGGGAUUUCUAAAGCAGGAAAUCCAGCCCUUCUCAAUCAGAUCUACACAGAGCUCUACGUCACAGAAGGAGGGACAGCAGAGGUCAAUGAAGAACAUGAAGUCAGACAGAUUGAAACAGCAUCCAGGAAUCCAGACAGACCGGAAAUGGCAAUCAGAUGUGAAGACAUCUUUAAGGCCUCACCUGAGACACAUCAACCAAUCAAAACAGUGAUGACAAAGGGAGUAGCUGGCAUCGGGAAAACAGUCUUAACGCAGAAGUUCACUCUGGACUGGGCUGAAGACAAAACCAACCAGGACGUACAGUUCAUGUUUCCAUUCACUUUCAGGGAGCUGAAUGUGCUGAAAGAUAAAAAGUUCAGUUUGGUGGAACUUGUUCAUCACUUCUUUACCGAAACAAAAGCAGGAAUUUGCAAGUUUGAAGAGUUCCAAGUUCUGUUCAUCUUUGAUGGUCUGGAUGAGUGUCGACUUCCUCUGGACUUCCACAACACUGAGAUCCUGACCGAUGUUACAGAGUCCACCUCAGUGGAUGUGCUGCUGACAAAUCUCAUCAGGGGGAAACUGCUUCCCUCUGCUCGCCUUUGGAUAACCACACGACCUGCAGCAGCCAAUCAGAUCCCUCCUGACUGUGUUGACAUGGUGACAGAGGUAAGAGGGUUCACUGACCCACAGAAGGACGAGUACUUCAGGAAGAGAUACAGAGAUGAAGAGCAGGCCAGCAGAAUCAUCUCCCACAUCAAGACAUCACAAAGUCUCCACAUCAUGUGCCACAUCCCAAUCUUCUGCUGGAUCUCUGCAACAGUCCUGGAGGAUGUGUCGGAAACCAGAGAGGGAGCAGAGCUGCCCAUGACCCUGACUGAGAUGUACAUCCACUUCCUGGUGGUUCAGUCCAAACUGAAGAACAUCAAGUAUGAUGAAGGAACUGAGACAGAUCCACACUGGAAUAAAAAGACCAGUAAGAUGAUUGUGACUCUGGGAAAACUGGCUUUUGAGCAGCUCCAGAAAGGCAACUUGAUCUUCUAUGAAUCAGACCUGGCAGAAUGUGGCAUUGAUAUCAGAGAAGCCUCAGUGUACUCAGGAGUGUUCACACAGACCUUCAAAGAGGAGCGAGGGCUGUACCAGGACAGGGUGUUCUGCUUCGUCCACCUGAGCGUUCAGGAGUUUCUGGCUGCCCUUCAUGUCCAUCUGACAUUCAUGAACUCUGGUGUCAAUCUGCUGUCAGAAGAAAAACCUUCCAGGUGGUCUAAACUGUUUGGAAGCAAACCCUUCUACCAGAGUGCUGUGGACAAGGCCUUACAGAGUCGAAAUGGACACCUGGAUUUGUUCCUCCGCUUCCUUGUGGGUCUUGCACUACCGUCCAAUCAGAGUCUCUUACAAGGCCUGGUGACACAAAGAGGAAGCAGCCCAGAGACCACUCAGGGAACAGUCCAGUACAUCAAGACAAAGAUCACUGAUCUGCCUCCAGAGAGAAGCAUCAAUCUGUUUCACUGUCUAAAUGAACUGAAGGACUCUUCUCUAGUGGAGGAGAUCCAAAAGUACCUGUAUUCAGAACGUGUGUGCAUAGGUAAAUUCUCUCAUAGUCAGUGGUCAGCUCUGGUCUUCAUCUUACUGACGUCUGGAAAAGAUUUGGACGUGUUUGACAUGAGUGAAUACUCUGCUUCAGAGGAGGCUCUUCUGAGGCUUCUGCCAGUGGUCAAAGCCUCCACUAAAGCUGUGCUGAGUUGCUGUAAUCUGUCAGAGAAAAGCUGUAAAGCUUUGUGCUCAGUUCUCAGCUCCCAGUCCUCCAGUCUGAAAGAGCUGGACCUGAGUAACAAUGACCUGCAGGAUUCUGGCGUGGACUCGCUCUGCGCUGGACUGGAGAGUCCACACUGUACACUGGAGGUUCUCAGGCUGUCGGGCUGCCUGAUCACAGAAAAAGGCUGCACUUCGUUAGCCUCUGCUUUGAGAUCCAACCCAUCCCAUCUGAGAGAGCUGGACCUGAGCUACAAUCAUCCUGGAGACUCAGGAGUGAAGUUGCUUUCUGAUGGACUGAAUGAUCCAAGCUGGAGGUUGGAAACUCUCAGGUUAGACCAUGGUGGAUCACAGACAAUGAAACCUGGUCUGCGGAAGUACGCCUGUGAACUCACACUGGACACAAACACAGCAAACAGAAAACUGAUAUUUUCAGACCACAACAGAAAGGUGACAGCAGGAAAAGAGACACAGCCAUACCCUGAUCAUCCAGAGAGAUUUGACUACUGGAAACAGCUGCUGUGUACAGAUGGCUUGACUGGUCGCUGUUACUGGGAGGUGGAGUGGGAAGGAAAGGUUUACAUAGCAGUGACGUACAAAGGAAUCAAAAGGAGAGGUCAAGGUGACAACUGCUGUCUGGGAAGGAAUGAUCAGUCCUGGAGUCUGUGCUGCUCUGAUGAGGGUUACUCUACCCAGCACAGUAACAAAAAUGAGUCCAGCUGCCUCUCUGUCUCGAACAGAGUCGGCGUGUACCUGGACUGGCCUGCUGGCAUUCUGUCCUUCUACAGAGUGAGGGACAAGCUGACAACCCUCAUCGAGACCUUGCACACCACAUUCACUGAGCCGGUCUACCCUGCAUUCAGGAUUAGGCUGGACCCGUUUAACUCGUCAGUGUCUUUGUGUGAUAUAGUAUAAAGAAAUCUCUGGCAGAGAAAUAUUCGGAUCAGUACAGAACCAAUUAGCUCAGUUGAAUUUUGGAUAAUGAUGCAUGUUCUGUAAACUGAUUCAUCACAUGUCCAGAAACAAAAAGGGCUUCUGUGAUGCCCAGAGACAUAUCAAUGAUGUCUUAAAGAUUAAUCGGAUGGCUUUUUCUUUUGCAUUUGUAGAAGCUGGAUAUGGGAAAUGAUCAUUAAUCAUUGAUCACAAAUGUGAAAUGUUUGUGAAUCAGAAUCAUUGAAAUCAGUAAUCGGAACAAAAUAAAUGAAUUAGUAAAAGUAAAGCAUGUCAUGUAAAACAACCAAUUACGCCCCUCACUCUGGGAGCUUGUGGAGAACUCUCAGUAUGAGCUGGACAAAGUUGAAGUAGAAUAAUAAUUGCUAUUUGCCAGUCCGUUGUCACGGACAUGGGAUAAACCACUUGGGUGGAUUAAUGGAUUUUUAAGGAGUUGGGUGGCGCUGCACUGUGGAAGUGAAAGAGAAGCAGCCAGAUUCAAAAAUGAGUCACCAGGGAGGCAGAGUGGGAGGUAGGGUCGGAAGGAAAGGUUUAUGUAGCAGUGACUUAAAAAGGAAUCAAGGGCAAGGUGACGACUGCUGCCCUCUCUCAUUCAGAGUCGGUGUGUACCUGGACUGGCCUGCUGGCAUUCUGUCCUUUUACAGAGUGUCCUCUGACAAGCUGACCCCCAUCCAGAUCUUCCACAGCAAAUUCACUAAACCAGUCUACACUGCAUUCAGGACUACGAUGGGCCUGUUUAACUCAUCAUUGUCUUGAUGAUAUACAACCAAUUAUGUCCCUUAGUCUGGGAGCACGUGGAGAACUCUCAGCACGAGCUUCACAAAGUUAAUGUAAAAAAACAACAACUCUUUGCCAGUCUGUUACCAGCACAACCCUGACAGAAUAAACCCAAAAUGGAUGAUGGAUUUAUAAAGAGUUGGUUGUCACUGCACUGUGGAAGUGAAAGUAGAAGCAACCGGAUUCGAAACUAGUAACCAGAACACAUCUUACAGAACUGGCAGCCCGGCUUACAAACUGAGCUUAUAGUAGCUAUCAGCAGCUACAGUUCACAGCAGAGUGGGAAUAUAUGUAUGUAUGUAUGUAUGUAUUGCUGCACUUAAAGUACUGACUGUGUAUGUUGAAGACGUCAUAUACACUGUAUACAUAGUUAACAGCUAUCUGCAAGAAUAUGUUGUGUUACACUGAACCUUUCCUUUUUUCUGGACUGUAUUACUGUUACCCUAUUCAUGAAUCUACUAAAUAAACUAAAAGCUGAAAAGUUA